ACUCGUGAAUUCCACAUGGGUCCGCUGGUGUAGUCACGUUUUGUCCUGUUCUCUACUGGCUCUGUAGUGGGCACUGCCAGUUCAUGUAAUCGCUAUCGUUUCUGUUCUGGCACGCAGAAUCUUGCGUAACAUUUAGGAGCGGUUCACCUAUCGUUGCUAGUGCGCUGUUACUGUGGGAUUCGCUCCUGACGGCCAGAAAGCGAAGCGCUUGGGGCCGACAUUAGGCCUACGAGCGGUGGAUACCAUCGGUGUGAACCGGCCACGUUGAAGUAUUUAUAGUUUUAAUUUAAUUUAACCAUGGCUUCUACUGGGUAUAACUUGGAGGAAUCCAACGCUGAUAGGAAUGUGGAAAUCUGGAAGAUCAAGAAACUGAUCAAGAGCUUGGAGGCCGCGCGGGGCAAUGGCACGAGUAUGAUCUCAUUGAUCAUCCCACCGAAGGACCAGAUCUCUCGAGUAUCCAAAAUGUUGGCCGACGAAUUCGGAACGGCUUCCAACAUCAAGAGCCGUGUGAACCGGCUGUCAGUUCUCGGCGCUAUCACGUCCGUACAGCACCGGCUCAAGCUCUACACGAAAGUGCCGCCCAAUGGAUUGGUCAUCUACUGUGGUACGAUUGUAACCGAGGAGGGCAAAGAGAAAAAGGUUAACAUCGACUUCGAGCCGUUCAAGCCAAUUAACACAUCACUGUAUCUGUGCGAUAAUAAGUUUCACACAGAGGCCCUGUCUGCGUUGCUUGCGGACGAUAACAAAUUCGGCUUCAUUGUGAUGGACGGCAACGGAGCUCUCUUUGGCACCCUUCAAGGCAACACGCGGGAGGUGCUGCACAAGUUCACGGUAGAUUUGCCGAAAAAGCACGGACGUGGAGGUCAGUCUGCUCUGCGAUUUGCUCGACUACGUAUGGAGAAGAGGCACAACUAUGUGCGCAAAGUAGCCGAAGUGGCCACAACGCUUUACAUAAGCAAUGAUAGGCCAAACAUUGCAGGCCUCAUUUUGGCUGGUUCUGCUGACUUCAAGACUGAGUUGAGCCAAUCAGAUAUGUUUGACCCAAGGUUGCAGGUCAAGGUGCUCAAGCUGGUUGACGUGUCUUACGGUGGCGAAAAUGGCUUCAAUCAGGCCAUUGAGCUGUCAGCUGAGGUGCUGUCCAAUGUGAAGUUCAUUCAGGAGAAGAAACUUAUUGGCCGCUACUUCGAUGAAAUUUCUCAGGACACUGGCAAGUAUUGUUUCGGUGUAGAAGACACACUGAAAGCACUCGAGAUGGGCUCUGUUGAGAUCCUAAUUGCAUGGGAAAAUCUUGACAUUGUGCGCUAUGUGCUGAAGAACCACACAAGUGACGAAGAGAAGAUACUGCACCUUACCCCCGAGCAAGAGAAAGACAAGACCCACUUUCUGGAUCGAGAGACGGGCGUGGAGCUGGAGCUGGUGGAGUCCAUGGCACUGCUAGAAUGGCUGGCAAAUAACUACAAGAAUUUUGGUGCCACACUAGAGAUAAUCACAGACAAGUCUCAGGAGGGCUCACAGUUUGUCAAGGGUUUUGGUGGCAUAGGAGGCAUCUUGCGCUACCGUGUGGACUUCCAGUCUCUCGAGGUGAAUGACCUUGUGGAUGACUUUGAUUUAGAUGACCUGUAAACGCCCAUUUAGCUCCUUCAGCACUUUGGUUAGUGGCCGCUGUGCACGAGGAGUUUCCAACUAUUAUAACGCACACUUGGCUAACUGCCUGGCCUUCCAUCUGCCCUGGGUGUGCUGUACAGUGGGCCACAAGGGUGAGCGACAUUGCAGAAGAUGACUCUUGCUGCUUUGUCCUUCCCAAGCUCUACUGGCCAGACAGCAUGUGUGCCCUGUGCCCUCCCCUUCAUUGGAAGACUGUUCGUGAUGGGGAGAGGAUUCCUAGUGAAUUGCUAUCAAAGCAGUGCUGCUGCUGCUGCCUUUCCUGCACAAGUCGACAAAUUUUUUUUGUCACUUUGAAGUGUAGUUGUGGGUCUGGGAUGAACAAGAUGUGUGCCUUUUGGCAGUGAGGCAAGCGGUAAACUAAAAUGCCUAUGCCAGGAACUUUAUUAUACAUUAGAAUUUGUAUUUUUACAAAUGGUCUGAAUGUGUGCGAAUGGAUUUUUUUUAAUGGUGUGCGGCUGUGUGUGUACAAUGGUUCUAAAUUUCUCCAGGCUUCUGGCUGUGGUUAUUGCCAUUGUAUUCUUAAUAGCCACCCAUUUUAUUGACAAGACCAUUGUUAGCAAGAACGUAUUUCCAAGUGGACAUGGUACGCACACACAUUGUAUGAUCCUGGGAGCUAGCUAUGCAAGAUUCUAGGCUGCAGUCUUUUUAUUUUUAUUUUCCUCUUUCUCUUACUGGCAGCCUAAUUUGGUGCAGUGCUUGUUAAACAUUUUUGCCCUGCUUUUUCAUUUUUGCCUUUAAAAGGUGGUGUGGGUUUCUGUGAAAUGUGAAACAUGUGUGAAAUGUGUGUGAAAGUUGGUUGAUAGGAAUACUGCGGACCUACCUGGAUGUGCUUGUGAAGGUAUUUGUUCUGGUGCAUGGUGCUGAAGAAAUGGAUUGUAAAGAGGCAUUGACAAUACAUCUGUGGUGCGUGUAGAUAGAACACCUGCACAUGAUGACACUAAAAUUUUGUUCAAUUAAAGCUGGGGAGACAAGUACCAAGCCUUUCUCUCUCUCUCUCUUGCUAACUUUUGACUAUUGGCCUUUGUUGGAGGAAGUGCAAGACAACUGGUGCGUCUUGCCACACCCAGUCAGCAUUGUCUUGAGCACAUAGCUAUGAAGGCAGGCAGAAGGAACUUUCUAACCAUCUUCUGCAUGGCUUCAAUGCAUGUACAGUAAAUGGUUUUUGUGCAUAUGGCUGGUCAAGAAAUUUUAGCAAUUCUGUAGUUCAAAGAAGCAGGAAUAAAUUAAAACCAGCAGUACUCUUUCCAUGCCAGGGAUCUAUGAAUUGCCUUGAUGCUUUGAGCCAGGUAGCAAUGCAAGAAGGUUUAUCAUUGCAGAAAAUAAUUUGUUCUUUGUUGUAGGCACCGGUUUGUGUGGGGGGAUAAGUCUGCUUAGUGCAGUGCAACUUGGCCUAAUUAGGUGAAUAAUAUGCAUACUUGAUGGUGCGCAUAUUGAGCUAUUAUCUUUGUAGAAUGUGUCCUUAAUUUUCUGAGCACUGUGUGCAUCAGAGCAACAUCAUGUUGGAAACGUGUUUUCUGCCAUUUUGGCCCAAAUUGUUUCACUCCAUAAAACAGGACCCAAACAUUGUAGCAUGGAAAGACUGCCAAAUGACUGUGCGUUAAUGAGUAUCUUAAAUGUUCACACACUGAUUCUGCAACCCUUCUUAAAGGGGCCCCAUGACGUUACCUGGACAAAACCAUUCGACUUCAAUUUUUUGUUCACUGCACAAAAAUUGCUAAAAUUUGCACAUGUGACAAAAAGGUAUUAAACCUGAACCUUGAACAAAGGAGAUGAAAAUAAGCCUCUCGCAUUUCACGUGCUUAGCAAUGCCAAUCUUGCCAUGAAUGAGAGCAGGGCUUUUAUGUACAUAUUGGAAGCUUGCUAACAAGGUUAUCUUGUUGCCACUGCUUUAGAGGCAGCAUUUUGGGGGUUUAUGUUGAUGCUUCCAACUGCUCAAAAGGACUUACCCAGGACUCCUUUGUGCAGAUGUUGGAAAACAAGUAUCUGCUCAGUAGUGCAUUCACAGAACUUCCAAAGGAUAGAAAACUAUUUGGUGGAAAGGGGAGAGCAAAAGAGUAUGUCCUGUUGGAAGUAAUGCAUGCAUAGAUUUCAUUUCACCCCUGUUAGCCCAAUCUCAAAAUUCCAGCCUUUGGAUGCAUUCGUUUUUGUGCUUGCUUACUAGAUAAAAUGACUCAAUUUUCACCCCCCCCCCUUUUUUUUCAUUUGUUGAUAAGAACAAGGGGAAAAGACUUACUCUGCCCCAAUGAAUCAUGGUGAACAUGCUCAGGUGCAGAGUUUUUGCUUCCAAAUGUUGCCACUGUAUGCUGCAGCAGUUACUACGGGAUAUGCAUUAACCAAAUUAAAAUGCAAAAUGUUCUGAUGUUGCUGCUCUCAUCAGCACAGCUCUACUAUGCCAAGGUAAAAUAAAAAAAAAUGUAUGCCUGA